GUUUUGCUUUAUUUGAAGCACAAAAAACAGACAUACUUUUAUUAAGAAAAGAAACCCCAAUUCUAUUUAAUAUUUCUGUUUAUUUCCCCCACGCUAAACCACGCCCUGGCAACAAGAGGCGUUGCCGACUACCUAUGACGUCACGCAAACAUGGCGACCCGGGGGGAAGAUAAACAAAAAUAGGGCUGUACUUACUUUUUGAGCGUAGAUGUAUGUGAGUUUCAGCUCGGUAAAUGCCGGUUAUAUUAGCAUCUUGGUAAGCGCAUCACCCACCAGUAACCUCACAGAAGAGGAAGAGUCCUCCUAAACGUGACGUAGACACGCUUUCAAGCAAGCGAAAAUAACUCCAGAUAGCAACUGUAAUCUGUGUGACACUAUUGAUAAGAUGGAGUUUAUUAAAGAGGAGAGUGAAAGCAUGAGUUAUGCAGGAGAAUGCAGCUUGAACAGUGAAGAUAUAACGGAUCAAAGAGACCUGAUGGAACUGAAAGAGGAAAGUGAAGAACUGAAUAAAGUGGAGGAGAAAAAUAAUGAUCAGAAACCACAUUAUUUCACUGGAGAAAAAUAUUUUAGCUUCUUUCAGACUGAAAAUAAUUUCUUACAAAAAACAACAAGAGCCAAAACAUCUUUUACUUGCCUUCAGUGUGGAAGGAGUUUCACCAAGAAAGAAAACCUUACAGCACACAUGAGAAUUCACACCGGAGAAAAGCAUUUCGCGUGCCCUCAGUGUGAAAAGAGAUUCAACAAGAAAGAAAACUUUAAAGCACAUGUGAGAAUUCACACUGGAGAGAAGCCUUUCACGUGCCAUGAGUGUGGAAAGAGUUUCAGGAGUAAAGGAAACCUUAAUUUGCACAUGAGAAUACACAAUGCAGAGAAGCCUUUCACCUGCCCUCAGUGUGGAAAGAGUUUCACAUUCAAACAAAGCUUUAACCAUCACAUACAAAGUCACACUGGUGAGAAGCCUUUCACAUGCCCUCAGUGUGGAAAGAGUUUCUGCAAGAAAGAAAACUUUAAAGCACACAUGAGAAUUCACUCUGGAAUGAAGCCUUUCACAUGCCUUGAGUGUGGGAAUAGUUAUAGGAGCAAAGGAAACCUUAAUGUGCACAUAAAAAUGCACACUGGAGAGAAGCCUUUCAAGUGCCAUGAGUGUGGAAAGAGUUACAGGAGUAAAGGAAACCUUAAUGUGCACAUGAAAAUGCACACUGGAGAGAAGCCUUUCGAGUGCCAUGAGUGUGGAAAGAGUUACAGGAGUAAAGGAAACCUUAAUGUGCACAUGAAAAUGCACACUGGAGAGAAGCCUUUUACAUGUCCUCGGUGUAGAAAAAGCUACUCAUCUAUAGAAAGAUUUAAUACGCACAUCAGAAGUCACACUGGAGAGAAGCCUUUCACGUGCCCUCAGUGUGGGAAGUGUUACCAAUGUAAAUCAUACCUUAAUAAGCACAUGCAAAUUCACAAUGCAGAGAAGCCUUUCAAAUGCCUUCAAUGUGGAAAAAGCUACACAGUAAAAGAAAGCUUUAACCGUCACAUAAGAAGUCACACUGGAGAGAAGCGUUUCAACUGCCCUCAGUGUGGAAAGGAUUACUCAUCUAUUGAGAGAUUUAAUACACACAUUAGAAGUCACACUGGUGAGAAGCCUUUCACGUGCCCUCAGUGUGGGAACUGUUACCAAUGUAAAUCGUACCUUAAUAGGCACAUGAAAAUUCACAAUGCAGAUAAGACUUUCACAUGCACUCAGUGUGGGAAGUGUUACCAGUGUAAAUCAUACCUAAAUAAGCACAUGAGAAUUCACAAUGCAAAGAGGACUUUCACCUGCCUUCAGUGUGGAAAAAGUUAUACAGUAAAAGAAAGCUUUAACCGUCACGUAAGAAGUCACACUGGAGAGAAGCCUUUCACAUGCUCUCAGUGUGGAAAAGGUUACUCAUGUAUAGAAAGAUUUAAUACGCAUAUCAGAAGUCACACUGGAGAAAAGCCUUUCACAUGCCCUCAGUGUGGGAACUGUUACCAAUGUAAAUCAUACCUUAAUAAGCACAUAAGGAUUCACAAUGCAGAGAAGACUUUCACAUGCUCGCAGUGUGGGAAGUGUUACCAGUGUAAGGCAUACCUUAAUAAGCACAUGAGAAUUCACAAUGCAGAGAAGCCUUUCACCUGCCCUCAGUGUGGAAAAAGUUACAGAGUGAAAGAAAGCUUUAACCGUCACUUAAAAAGUCACACUGGAGAGAAGCCUUUCUUAUGCCAUCAAUGUGGAAAGAUCUUCAGGCAGGCGAGGAGUCUCAAAAAUCAUUUGUCCUCUCACUCUGAAGUGAGGGCUUCUAACUGUGAUCAGUGUGAUACAAAUUCUACUUCUACAUCAGCUCUAAAAAAACACCAUAAAAGUCAUGAGAAGCCGUCCUUGUGUUCUCUUGAAGGAAAGAGUUUUAAAAAGCAGCGGACAAAACGUACUGGUGUGAGAGCUUUUCUCUGUUUAGAUUGUGGGAAGACCUUUGCUUAUACCCAAGAUUUGGAACGGCACAGAAGAAUCCAUACCGGUGAAAGACCAUACAAAUGCUUUGUUUGUAAAAAGAGUUUCACUCUUUUAGGAAACCUGAAAGUACACAAGAGAAUGCAUACUGGAGAGAGGCCAUACCACUGCACUUCAUGUGGGAAGAGAUUUAACUAUAUAAAUUCUCUAAAGAUUCAUAGAAAAAAUCAUUGCCCAGAGUUGUCAAAGUGAGCAGUUUAAUUUGCAAUGUAAUAUGCUAUGGGUAUGGGGGAAAAAAAGCAGAGAUCAAAGUCAUUCUGAGUCAACUCAACCAGAGGCAGGGCCGUACAA